GAUAACACGAUCCUAUCUCCCUCCCCUCCCCUUCUUCCCCUCGCCGCGCGCGCCGCACACGUACCCGUACACAGCCACUCCCCUCCCCUCUCCUCUCCCAACCGGCGCAGCGAGGCACCGCAUUGACAUGGUCUCGUCCUGCCUCGCCUCGCCGGGCGCGCCACGGGCUGGCUCUGCUCUCCGCCCACUGCAGCAGCAGCAGACGAGGUGGGGGUGCCGCGUAACGUGCUCGGCUGACGCUGGGCGGACCGGGACCAAGGCGGCGGGAGGGUUCGCGUGCGGCUUGCUCGCUGCCUGGGCCGUCGCGUCCACGCCCUCCACGGCGAUCGCCGCCGGCCAGAGGUUGCCUCCACUAUCAACAGAUCCAAACAGAUGCGAGGUUGCAUUCGUUGGGAACACGAUUGGUCAGGCAAAUGGAGUGUAUGACAAGGUGCUUGAUCUCCGGUUCUGUGAUUACACCAAUGAGAAAAAUAAUCUGAAAGGCAAGACUCUAUCUGCCGCCUUGAUGUCGGACGCAAAGUUUGAUGGUGCUGACUUGACAGAAGUUGUCAUGUCCAAAGCCUAUGCUGUUGGUGCAAGUUUCAAAGGCACAGAUUUCACGAAUGCAGUGAUAGACCGUGCCAAUUUCGGGAAGGCCGACCUGGAAGGUGCAAUCUUCAAGAACACCGUGUUGUCAGGAUCAACCUUUGACGAUGCUAACAUGAAGGACGUCGUGUUCGAGGACACAAUCAUCGGCUACAUUGACCUUCAGAAGCUAUGCAGAAACAUGAGCAUCAACGAGGAUGCAAGAUUAGAUCUGGGUUGCAGGUGAUUCAGCAGAGUUCCCAAUUCCCCACCACAUCUUAGCCGUUUAUGUCAGCAUCAGCAUCAUUACGGAUAACAAUAACGGAGUCGGAUCUGUCUAUAGAGCACCAGGAUAACAACAUCUGCCCUUUCCCCCCUUUCAGUGUGUAUGUACAACUCUCUGUAUGCCGUAAAUAUAUACAACAAUAUAUACCACAAUUGCUCUUUAUUAAUUUGUGCCAGUAUACACAAA